AUGAAGAUCAUUGUCCUCUUCCUUGUCACCACCGCUCUUGCAGCGACGUCGCAACGACCGGCUGCAUGUCGCUAUAUCCCCGGGGACCGUGGUUGGCCCAGCCCGUCGCUCUGGAACCGCCUGAAUGCAACGGCCGGCGGGCGUCUUCUGGCCACGAAUCCUCUUGCUCACUCGUGUCACGAUCCCACCUACUCCGAUGACACCUGCACCUCCCUGCGGCAGCAGUGGGGACGGCCCGACCUGCAAAUCCCACAUCCGGCUGAGUUCCUCUCGCCCUGGUUCCAAAACCAGUCUUGCGUCCCAUUCACAUCCCGGUCCUCCGCAUGCGAGCUCGGUAAUUACGCCAGUUACUCCAUCAACGUGACGGGGCCCCGCGACAUCGUUGCUGGGCUGGCAUUUGCGCAGCAAAACAACGUGCGGCUCGUUAUCAAGAACACCGGCCAUGAUCAAAACGGCAAAGGAACUGGCAAGGGGGCUCUUUCCCUAUGGACACACAAUUUGAAGGACAAGACUUUCAUCCCCGCCUAUAAGAGCAGCUAUUAUACGGGCCCAGCCGUCAAGCUCGGUGCCGGCGUGCAAGGCGGAGAGGCCGCCGCCUUUGCGCACGAGAACGGCGGUUACCGCGUGGUUGUGGGCUCCUGUCCGACAGUCGGCGUGGUUGGCGGUUAUACGCAGGGUGGAGGACAUUCAGCCCUGUCGGGGGUGUACGGGCUCGCAGCUGACAACGUGCUCGAGUGGGAGGUCGUGACCGCGGAUGGGAAGCUCCUCACCGCAACGCCGCAGAAGAAUAAGGACCUGUACUGGGCUCUCAGCGGCAGUGGUCCCGGCACGUACGGGGUCGUCGUGUCGAUGACGACUCGGGUUUUCCCCGACGCAGCUGUCGGCGCGGCCUCGUACUCAUUCAGCAUCGCGUCGACAGGCGGUAGCGAAGACGCCUACUGGAAAGCUGUGUCGACCUUCCACGAGCAGAUGCUCCCUCUACUCGACAAGGGUGUCUACACGACGUACUCGGUCACCAACACGAGCUUUAUCGUCCUCGCCUUCAUAGCGCCAAGCCACAACCAGACGGAGCUAGAAACGCUAAUGCAGCCGAUGCUGACGGCGCUGGUCCGGCAGAAUGGCCUCAGCCCUGAAUCGGUCAACCUCCAGACCACCGGUGCCAGCAACAUCUAUGAUCUUCUUGCCGCCAACGUGUGGCCCAUACUCGAGAACGCCUCCCUCGUCGCCGCCCAGGGCGGUCGGCUCGUCACCCGCGCCAAUCUCAAGACCGACCUCCCCGGAGUCAUGGCCGCCAUGCGUAAGAUCACCUCCGGCGGCACCUUCUAUCUCGCCUGCACCGGAAUCAACACCACUACUUCCAGUGUCGUGCCCCCUGUCGCCGAUAAUGCCGUCCUGCCCGCCUGGCGAGACACCUCCUUGAGCUGCCUCAUCGGGACUGCUUGGGCCUGGGGCCAGUCGUGGGACCCAGUCUCGGGAUGGCAGAAGGAGCUGAUCAACGAGAUUCUGCCAGCCAUAGAGGCCGUGACGCCGAAUUCGGGAGCCUAUCUUAACGAAGCCAAUUUCGCCCAGCGGGACUGGCAGCGCCAAUUCUACGGGAAAAACUACGGUCAAUUGGUUGCCAUCAAGAAGCUCUAUGAUCCCCACGAUAUGUUUUACGCGGUGACAGCUGUGGGAAGUGAAGCGUGGGCCGCAGACGGGCAGGGGAGGUUGUGUCGGACUUGA